UCCUCCUGUCUUCUCUCUUCUCCCUCACAUUUCCAAAACCCUGGCGGCUGCGGGCUGACGGCGGUGACCUGGGGCUGCGGGUGGCCGCGCCGGGCGUGCAGGGUGGGCAUUCGAGCACCGAGCGCUCAGCGUAGGGUGUCCGGCGGCCUGCCACUCCGCCGAUUGGAGCAGAGCCAGUGAGCCACUGCCGAUUGGUGCCUCCGCGGUCGGCUAGGCGCUGGGCCGCACCGAGAGGCCAAGGCGACGGGCGAUUGCCGAUUGCAGCAGAGCGAAUGAGCUACAACUCCACCUGUCCUGUCCACCAGCACCGGUGAAUUGGAAUUUGGUUUUCGGUGUUAACGACUCAGGUUGCUUGUUCACUGGGGGUUUGCGAGCUUAAUCAGCCACCAUGGAUGUUGAUAAGCAAGAAACAAUGGAGGAGACCAUCCUUGUUGGUGAUGAUCUCAUGCGCGGGCCGCCAUCCCCUGUCAUACCAAAAGAGAUCGCAUCACAUGUCCUUGAUGGUGUUGAGCUUUGUGAUGGUAUACUCAGGAACCUUUUCUUAUGCCUACAAAUCAAUGAUAUUGAGCCAUUCUGCCAAGAUGAAAUUGUGCUAUACCGACAAUGUGCUGAGAAACGGGACAAGGAAAUAAGAGAGCGGAUGCAAAAUAGUGAAUAUAAAUUGGGUUUUUCAAUGCCCCUGGAACAAGCGAAAGAGAGAGCUACUCAACUCCAAUCAGAAGUAACACUGCUAGAAAGGCGCAUGAUUCUUGCUAGUGGACUUGAGGGUAUGGAAGGAUUUCGACAGAGAUGGAGCUUGCAUGGACAGCUUGAAGAUACAAGGAAAAGGCUAGAAGCGCUGAACAAUGGUAUGGCAAAACGAGAGAACCAAAGUUCUACAGGGGAGAGGACAAAAUCUCCAGCUGGGAAGAAGUGGUUCUUUUGGUAGGUUAGUAUCAUUUGAGAAAUAUUGUAGCUUGAGGUCUAUUAGCGGCAAUGCCACACACUUUUUUAACUUCCACAGUACUCUGCCUCCAACUAGGCACUUAAUUUGCUAACAAGUGAUUUGCUUAUAAAUAGUUGCAAAAUGUUAAAAUCAUGUAUUAUAUUCCACUUUGUGAUUUAUGACA